UCAAUCUUUACUUCACCCGAAGAAGAAUAUGGAGUGGAAUGAGUAAAACGAGCAUUUUUUAUUUUGAAACCGCUGGUGGUGACACAAUGAUCACCAACUGAACUGAUCCAUCUUCUUUUGUUGGUCUUUGCAAUUACAAGUCAGAACUUGUUCGUUUGAAUCCUUUUUCUGUUGCAGAGAAAAAUAUGGGUUUCUUCAAGCGGGACUUCCUACUUCUCACCCUUGUAUUAUUGUUUUGUCCAAUACCCAGUUUCUCAGAUCCUUCUUCAGUGAGCUCUGAACAGCUCUCAGAAAUCCCAAAAAAUUUCCUUAAUUUUGCCAAGAAAUCUGAUUUGUUUGAGUGGAUGGUUGGGAUUAGGAGGAAGAUACAUGAGAACCCAGAACUGGGUUAUGAGGAAUUUGAGACCAGUAAGCUUAUCAGAGCAGAACUGGAUGAGAUGGGUAUUCCUUACAAAUACCCAAUUGCGGUUACUGGUGUUGUUGGCUUCGUUGGCUCCGGAAGUCCUCCUUUUGUUGCAUUACGGGCGGACAUGGAUGCUCUCCCUCUGCAGGAAAUGGUGGAGUGGGAACACAAGAGUAAAAUUCGGGGAAAGAUGCAUGCUUGUGGGCAUGAUGGUCAUGUUGCAAUGCUUCUAGGCGCUGCAAAGAUUCUUCAAGGGCAUCAUGAACUUAUAGAGGGGACUGUUGUGCUUGUUUUCCAACCAGCAGAGGAAGGAGGUGCAGGGGCACAACAAAUGAUUGAUGCCGGAGUACUUCAGAACGUUGAAGCUAUCUUUGGGCUGCAUGUCGACCCGGACAUACCCAUAGGUCAAGUGGCCUCCAAGCCUGGACCCAUUAUGGCUGGGUCCGGCUUUUUUGAAGCUGUAAUUAAUGGAAAGGGAGGUCAUGCAGCCAUUCCUCAGCACUCAAUAGACCCAAUAUUAGCAGCUUCAAGUAUUAUUAUCAGCUUACAGCAUCUUGUUUCACGGGAAGCUGAUCCACUGGAUUCUCAGGAUUUUGGACUUGCUAUUUCCUCUUCUUUGCACAUGUGUUGUGACAACCAGGUGGCUAUCUUUAUUGCUAAUAAUCUGGUGUUUCAUGAAUACACCAAGCAUAUUAAGGUCGUAACAGUUGCUAAGUUCCAAGGAAGUGGUGCAUUCAAUGUCAUUCCAGAUUCUGUCACCAUUGGGGGCACCUUCCGAGCCUUCUCAAAGGAAAGUUUUUUGCAACUCAAGCAGCGAAUUGAGGAGGUAAUAACUGGACAAGCAAAUGUACAGAAGUGCAAUGCAACUGUUGAUUUCCUUGAAGAAGACCCGGUAACAGUAAAUGACAAAGGCUUGCAUGAACAUUUCCGUUACGUUGCUGGGGAUAUGCUGGGCCUUCUGAAUACUAAAGACAUGCAACCAUUGAUGGGUUCCGAGGAUUUUUCAUUUUACCAAGAGGUGAUACCUGGUUACUUCUUCUUCCUUGGUAUGAGGAACGAAACAAAUGGAAGGCUUGCAUCGUUUCACUCACCGUACUUCACUAUCAAUGAAGAUUCACUACCUUACGGAGCUGCUGUUCAUGCAUCAUUAGCUGCUAGAUAUCUUUUAGAAUUUAAACAGAGGACUGCUUUGCUGAAUGGAAAAAAAACAUUAGGAUGAACUAUGAAUGGUUUUUUUUGUUUUUUGUUUUUUUGGCACUCUCAUGUUUGCUCAGUCGUAGUUGUAACUUCUGAAAUGAUAAAAUAAUUUGGCCUUUCAUAUUUUAUUUUA